AUGAAUUAGUAGCUUGCAGGGAAACAAGUUUCACCUCUCUUCUCUUCAUACUCAUUCAGUUUUUUACAUAACCGAUGUGAUUUCUUUUUUUCCCCAGAAUUUGUUUUCCUUUUGUAGUUUUAUUUGUCGGCAACUCAGUUUGUAUUCCACAAUUUUGAAAUGUUUUAGGUUGGAUUACUUAUGUUAUUUCAAUAGAAGAUGGAGUGGUAAUCCUUACUUAAGAUGACUUUUGAAUUCAUGUAGCAACAGUAUUACAUAUCCUUGGGUUGUGAUCCACCAGUUUAACUGAUCAUUAGUUCUGCUUUGACUCUGUGUUUGUACAAUAAACAUUUCUGUGGGGGCUUCUCAGGGUAUACCUUUGGUUCAAGUUUGAGUGUGUAUGCUGACCAUAUAAGAAGAUAUAAAUUUUGAAUUCAGACAGUUCUGUCAGUGAUUUAGACAAUGACCCCAAAAAGGUCUCAUCUUUUGUUGUGUGCUUUCCUUUUUACUGUUGCAAAACAAGUAGGACUAUGGCAAAACAGGUAGACAGUGAACUUGCAGAGAAAACUUUUUAUGAUGAGAGGUAGAAUUUCAUGAUCUUUGUUGUAUCUGCUGCAGCACCAAACACAGUUUGAAUGCAAUUUUUUGAUAUGCAUACAGAUUAAUAGAAGUAUACUUGCGGUCUUCUUCAAACUGUUAACUGUUAACUACUUGGAUAAAUUUUCUGUUUGCUAGAGCAAUCCAAUUUCUGGAAGGAGAAAACAGCACAAAAAAUUGUCCUACAUAUGCUGUGUUUCUAGAGGUAUUGAUUAAAGUAGCCAUUUUCAUUAGUUUGAACUGUUGUGUCCUGGCAGUAGAAAUUAGGUAUUUUUGUUGUGCAGGCAUCAACUGCUCUGCAAAAUAUGCUCUGACUUCUAAAAAUUACUGGUUUCUAUUUCAAAUAAUAGCUUGUUUACCUUGUCUUAAUUUAAAAAAUUGCCAUCAAAAGAACUACUGGAUACAGUGCAGCAUAAAAUAACAGCGGUGAUUUAAAAGGAAAAAAGGUAGACCUGGUAAUUAUCAGCCUAAAAAGCAUCCAUGAAUAAAUCGGUAGCUUUCGCUCUGCAGCAAAAUGUGGAAAUUCCACCUCCCAAAUUAUCCCUGUUCAGCUUGAUGGUGGAUACUGACUCAGUUCAAAAAAUGGGCGUGUUUCUCUAAAGCAGCAAAAUCAACUAAUACUUCUUAUUCUUGGCUUUACUAACUUGAUGCCCUGUUGCCAGAGAAUCAAUUAUGCAUUCACAAGCUAGUGCUUUAAGCUGUUCCUUUCCCUCUUUUUAUUUUCAUCUGGACUCUUGCAUGCUAGGAAUUUAAAUUCUUAGAGUCUGCUUAGAGUAAGAGAUCUCUUCUAGCUAAACUUCCCUGAAAUCAUUGAUAACAUAACCUUGCAACCUGUUUGUAUGUAUUGUUUUCUUUUCUUCCACCUUGGCCGCAAAUUCUCUCAGGUCUCCGCUGGUUCAUCCGCCAAGCCAUGGAUGCCGCUCGACUCACAACAGCCCAAUUCACACUGCUACUGGCUCACGACUUACUCAGAACUUCUCUGUGUCUGUUCCCACUCUCAUCUACACUGGAUUCCUUUCAAUGAAGAUCCCAAUCCCAAUACUCAUUCAUCAGGACCCUCCACCCCUCUGAAAAACCAAACCUAUUCCUUUUCACCUUCCAAGUCCUACAGUCGACAGUCCUCUUCUUCUGACACAGAUUUGAGUUUGACACCCAAAACUGGAAUGGGCAGUGGGAGUGCUGGAAAAGAAGGGGGGCCAUUUAAAACUCUUUUAAGACAACAGACUCAGUCAGCUCUGGAACAAAGGGAAUUUCCAUUUUUUACCCUGACGACCUUUCCACCAGGCUUUCUUGUCCACGUUGGUGGUGUUGUCAGUGCUCGGUCUGUGAAGCUGCUGGAUCGCAUCCACAAUCCUGCCUUUGUCGGAAUUAUGGGUAACACAAGAUCAUACAAACUGCUAGACUGGAAUAGUUUCAAUUCAGAUGAACCAGAGACACGAGAUGCAUGGUGGGCAGAAAUCAGACAAGAAAUAAAAUCCCAUGCCAAGGCAUUGGGUUGUCAUGCUGUAGUGGGCUACAGUGAAUCAACUAGCAUUUGUGAAGAGGUCUGUAUUUUGUCCGCGUCUGGCACAGCAGCUGUACUGAACCCUAGGUUCCUUCAGGAUGGCACCAUGGAAGGCUGUUUGGAACAAAGGUUGUCAUGGCAGCCUGGCUUCUUUUCCAUAGGGUCAGAGAAGGGAGAGGUUGAUUUUUUUCCUCAGAGCCAAGAUAGUUCUUCUCUAUUAGGGAUUGAAGAAGCUUCACCACCAGGUUGUGGAUUUUGCCAUAUACCAUAUGAUGAAUUGAACAUGCCAUUCCCUGCUCACCUCACUUACUGUUACAACUGCAGGAAGCAAAAAGUUCCUGAUGUCCUUUUCACCACAAUUGAUCUUCCAGUAGAAGCAAUAGUUAUUGGGAAGGGAUGUCUUAUUCAAGCCAGGUUAUGCCGCCUGAAGAAGAAAGCUCAAGCUGAAGCAAAUGCAACCUCUAUCAGUAACCUCCUGCCAUUUAUGGAAUAUGAAGUGCACACACAGCUGAUGAAUAAACUGAAGCUGAGAGGAAUGAAUGCUCUGUUUGGGCUGAGAAUCCAGAUCACCGUGGGGGAAAAUAUGCUAAUGGGGUUAGCAUCUGCAACAGGUGUUUAUCUAGCAGCUUUGCCAGCACCUGGGGGUAUUCAGAUUGCUGGGAAGACUCCAAAUGAUGGCACCUAUGAGCAGCACAUAUCUCAUAUGCAAAAGAAAAUAAAUGACACGAUAGCAAAAAACAAGGAACUUUAUGAGAUUAAUCCUCCAGAACUACCUGAAGAAAUCAUAGGGUCUCCCAUUCCAGAGCCAAGACAACGUUCCAGGCUAUUAAGAUCCCAGUCAGAAAGCUCUGAUGAAGUUACAGAGCUUGACCUUUCACAUGGGAAAAAGGAUGCUUUUGUCUUGGAGAUUGAUGAUACAGAUGCAAUGGAAGACGUACAUUCUUUACUGACAGAUGUUCCACCACCUUCUGGUUUUUACAGUUGCAACACGGAAAUUAUGCCUGGUAUAAAUAACUGGACACCGGAAAUUCAAAUGUUCACAGCAGUAAGAGUAUCCAGAUUAAGCAACAUUAAUCCAACAAAUCAAACACUUAAUAAGAACUUUAAUGAUCUCUGUGAGAAUCUGUUGAAGAGCCUGUAUUUUAAACUCCGAUCUAUGGUUCCCUGCUGUCUUUGCCAUGUAAACUUCACAGUUGCUCUACCAGAGGAUGAAUUAGUUCAGAUUGCAGUCACAGCUGUUGCAAUUACAUAUGACAAAAACCAAGCGUUACAAGCCAACAAAGCCCCUACAGAAAAGUCCCAACAAAGAGCAUCUACAGAUAAUGAAGAACAGCUACAAUUUCCAUUGGAACUUUGCUCUGAUCCGCUUGCUUCUCAACCAUUCUCUCCAGCUAAAGAAACCUUGGAGGGUGCAAGCUCCCACACAGGUAUUCCUGCUGCUCAGAGAGCAACGUCAGUUGAUUACAGUUCCUUUGCAGACAGAUGCAACAACUGGAUAGAGCUCAUUAAACUGAAAGCUCAGACCAUAAGGCGCGGAUCAAUUAAGACAACUGCUUCACUUGAUAAAGCAAGUCCACUGGCUGAGGGAUACUUACGGCACCGUUCUGUUCCGUCGUGCACCAAUUCCACCGUCUCAGUUGUUAAGAUGACACCUCUUUCUUUUCUACCUGGGGCUAAAAUAACCAAAUACCUUGGGAUAAUCAACAUGUUUUUUAUACGAGAAACCACUUCUUUGCGUGAGGAGGGUGGUGUCAGUGGUUUUCUCCAUGCUUUUAUUGCUGAAGUGUUUGCAAUGGUGAGAGCUCACGUUGCAGCUCUAGGGGGGAAUGCAGUUGUCUCCUACAUAAUGAAGCAGUGUGUUUUCAUGGAGAAUCCAAACAAAAAUCAGGCUCAGUGUUUAAUAAAUGUCAGUGGCGACGCCGUCAUAUUUGUCCGUGAGUCUGAGCUGGAAAUGUUACCAGCACAGCCUUCUACGGCUGUUCCUCAGCCCACAAGUUCUGCAGGAGAUGUCACAACAUGAAGACAGAAAAAGUGGAAUAGUCUCUGCCAAAUAUGAAGAUUAUUUAAAGUGUGGGAAUGUUUAGGUUUGCAUCUUCAAAAUCAGUCUCCGUAACAUUCAUAGCCAAAAUCCAAGACAAUCACUUUUUUUUUUUUUGUUGUGGUUUAACUUUAUGUAAGAGUCAGGGCAGGGUACUGGCAGGUGUGCACUGGUUCCUUUGUUACAAUUCCAGGCUGCAGUGAAAUCUAGGGAGCAGGUGAAACACUGAUAGGAGAGUGUGGAUUAGAAUAGCAGGCAUCACAUGGAACUGUGGAAUUAAGGAAAAAUUCUGUUGUAUUUUUGAGCUGUUCAACAGGACCACAGUAAGUUGUAAUUCAGAACCACUUCUGAAGUUGGGUGUCAUAUGAGCUGACUUUCAGGUCAAGGUGGGAAGGAGGUGAUUGUGUUAGCAGCCUUUGUCCAAGGACCAAGAGAUUUGUAUCCAGGCCAAGAAAAUGCAGGCUGGAGCCUGAAUUUCCCUUAGACUGUAGAAUGUGAAGAGGAAAAAGCAGCACCAAAAAGUCACAGUUUAAAUUUCUGCACACUAAAACUAUUUUUUCUUUUUUCUUUUGUUUUUCUUUUUUUCUUUAAUGUUGGGGGUUUUUGUUUUGUUUUUAUUUCUAUGGACUGUUUGUGAACUGCUGGCUUAUUUUUUUUAUAAUCGUUACUAUACAGCAGAUGUUUGGGGAUGGUAUUUGAGAGAGUUUUUAUGUUGUUUUUGGUUUGGUUUGGUUUUUUGCUUUUGUUUUGGUUUGGUUUGUUUGGGGUUUUUCUUUGUU